GAGGGCUCUGGCGACUGCACCUUGGUGACCGGUUUGCACUCUUCCCCAACAGCUGGAUGGGGACUUCGGAGGCGAGGGCGACCUGCCUGGAAGCGGAGCCCACAUGGAGAAGGCCCGCAUCCCUGACCUACGCAGCCACCCAGGCCCGUUCCCCAACACUGCUACCACUCGGUGCCUUACUCAAGAAUGACUUAACCCAUGCUGGGUUUGCUGGUGGUGGUGAGGGAAAGUAGAGAUACUGCCUGCCCAUGUUGUUUGAGGGUCACACAGCAUUUACAUCACAAUUGAACAGGAGUUUAAAAAUGUCUGGUCCUCUCCCUCCCCACCACCUGUGGCUGUGUCCAGACGGAGAAUGUUCUAGCCCUGGAGGCAGCUGUGAAUGAAGUCCUUGGGGGGAAAAGAAGCAGGCCAAGGGCGAUGGUGGAGUAGAGCUGCCUCGCGGAGGCAGCAUGAGCUGAGAGGGUGACAAGAAGGAGGCGCUACACAGCAUGGAGGACUUUCUACUCUCCAAUGGGUACCAGCUGGGCAAGACCAUUGGGGAAGGGACCUACUCAAAAGUCAAAGAAGCAUUUUCCAAAAAACAUCAAAGAAAAGUGGCAAUUAAAAUUAUAGACAAGAUGGGAGGGCCAGAAGAGUUUAUCCAGAGAUUCCUGCCACGGGAGCUCCAGAUUGUCCGUACCCUGGACCACAAAAACAUCAUCCGGGUGUAUGAGAUGCUGGAGUCAGCAGAUGGAAAAAUCUACCUGGUGAUGGAACUGGCUGAGGGAGGGGAUGUCUUUGACUGUGUGCUGAAUGGAGGGCCACUCCCCGAGAGCCGGGCCAAGGCCCUCUUCCGCCAGAUGGCCGAGGCUAUUCGCUACUGCCAUGGCUGUGGCGUGGCCCACCGGGACCUUAAGUGUGAGAACGCCUUGUUGCAGGGCUUCAACCUGAAGCUGACCGACUUUGGCUUUGCCAAGGUGCUACCCAAGUCACGCAGGGAGCUGAGCCAGACCUUCUGUGGCAGUACAGCCUAUGCCGCCCCUGAGGUGCUGCAGGGCAUACCCCAUGAUAGCAAGAAAGGCGAUGUCUGGAGCAUGGGUGUGGUCCUGUAUGUAAUGCUCUGUGCAAGCCUACCUUUUGAUGACACAGAUAUCCCCAAGAUGCUGUGGCAGCAGCAGAAGGGGGUGUCCUUCCCCACUCAUCUGGGCAUAUCAACCGAAUGCCAGGACCUGCUCAAGCGGCUCCUGGAACCAGAUAUGAUACUCCGGCCUUCAAUCGAAGAAGUUAGUUGGCACCCAUGGCUAGCAAGCACUUGAUAAAAGCAAUGGCAAGUCCUCCCCAAUAAAGUAGGGGGAGAAAGCAAACUGAAAA